CCCAUCUCGUACUUCUCUCUGAAUCACUCGUUUGUAGUAGUUUGGCAAAUAGAAAGGCAAGGCAAACCGAAAAUGGAUGCUCCCACCAUCAAGCUUGAGUCCUCGGAUGGGGUGAUCUUUUCAACGGAAGUCAAAGCCGCCAAGCUCUCCGAAACCAUCAAGACCAUGUUGGAGGUCUCUGCCGUGGAGAACGACGAGAAUGCCGUUGUGCCGCUGCCCAAGGUGAACGCGUUCAUCCUAAACAAGAUUCUGACCUGGGCCUAUCACCACAAGGACGAUGAUGACCAGGCAGCGGAGGGCGAGGAGUUGACCCCGCAAAGCCCACAUGACAUCUCACCCUGGGACGCCAACUUUAUUAACGUCGAUCAACCCAUCUUGUUCGAAAUUACAGUGGCCGCCAACUAUCUGGAGAUUAAGGGCCUAGAGGAUCUCUGUUGCAAGACGUUGGCCAAUAUGAUUAGGGGAAAGACUCCCGAGGAGAUCCGCCAGACGUUCAACAUCGAAGACGAUUUACCGAUCGAUACGGCCGAGUUGGGCGAAGACCUGUGAGGCACAGAGAAGAAGAGGAAACUUCACCGGAACCUUACUUUGUUGAGAACUUUUUUGUUUCGCCUAGAUAAAUAUACUAAUAUUAUAUAAUAUAUAUAUAUAUAUAU